CUGCUGGGUGGCAGGGACAGGGCGGAGAGGGGCUUUUCUCCGUGGCCACCUGAAAAGCCAUGUAAGACAUUCUGGCUUGUCAGGACACAGCCACAGCAACCACUCAACUCUAAUUUAGUUUAUUCGUCUCUUCGUUAAUUUGCAACUGUGAAACUGAACUACUUGAAGUGGAGAAGAGCCAUCACGCGGUUCUCAAAGUUGGCACCGGAUUUUCAUGGACACGCUCAGAAAUCUACAAAGCAGAAGAGGUCUUCUCAAGUUGAGCACUCAGGAUAUCUCCAACCAGUUUUGAUGUCAGCUGAAGGUGAAGUGGGUCUGACGCGGGUUUUAAUCUUUAGCCAGGCUACAGACUCCAAAGCUUUGGGUGUGUGUCUGAGCCGAGAUGAGUGGGGGUCGCUUUGAAUUUGAUGAUGGUGGCGCGUACUGUGGAGGCUGGGAGGGCGGCAAGGCGCACGGCCACGGCAUCUGCACCGGCCCCAAGGGUCAGGGCGAGUUCUCCGGAUCCUGGAACUAUGGCUUUGAGGUGGUGGGGGUCUACACCUGGCCUAGCGGGAACACCUACGAGGGCUACUGGUCUCAGGGCAAGCGUCACGGCCUCGGGGUCGAAACCAAAGGGCACUGGAUUUACAGAGGGGAAUGGACACACGGCUUUAAGGGGAGAUAUGGCAUCCGGAUCAGUGUCGGCAGUGGGGCGAAAUAUGAGGGGACAUGGAACAAUGGCCUCCAGGACGGCUAUGGAACUGAAACCUACGCAGAUGGAGGUACUUUCCAGGGUCAGUUCACUGGCGGGAUGCGGCAUGGCUACGGAGUCCGACAGAGCGUCCCCUAUGGCAUGGCAGCAGUGGUCCGCUCGCCUCUCCGUACUUCCUUGACCUCCCUACGCAGCGAGCACAGCAAUGGCACAGUUCUACAGCAAGACAUCCCUAUCAUCACCACCACCAGUGCUUCCGGUGAGGAGACACCUGUCUCCAACCCUGCCCACCUGGGACCAUCCCGGGGAGGCUUCGCCCUCACUCUCCAGGUGGACCCAGAUGCAAUGAAACCCAAGAAGAAAGGUCUGUUCCGCAGGAGCUCUCUGUUGGGAAAGCUGAAGAAAUCCGACUCGAGCACUUCACUAUCCAGCCAGAAGAGCAAGAUAAGCUUCCUGAGGACGGAAUCGGCUAUGAGCUCCAACGCCAGCGACACCAACUCCACCAUCAGCAUGGGGGACGAGAGCCUGGUCGGAGCAGACGACUUCCCUCCGGUGGAGGCGGACAUCGAUGCCACAACCACAGAAGUCUACAUGGGCGAGUGGAAGAACGACAAGCGCUCUGGAUAUGGAAUAAGCGAAAGAUCUAGCGGCCUCAAGUACGAAGGCGAGUGGCUGAACAACCAGAGACACGGCUACGGCUGCACCACCUUUGCUGAGGGCGGGAAAGAAGAGGGCAAGUACAUGAACAACAUGCUGGUGAAGGCUGUGAAGAAGAGAGUGAUCCAACUGAAGGGAACCAAGAUCAAGCAAAAGGUGGAGCGGGCUGUGGAGGGUGCUCAGCGGGCCGCCGCCAUCGCCAAACAGAAAGCAGAGAUUGCUGGUUCCAGGUCCACCCAUGCCAAGGCCAAGUCAGAUGGAGCCGACCAAGCCGCUCAAGCCUCCAACAGUGAAUCCAGCAUCGCCAGACUGGUGGCCAAAGAGCUCUCACCUUCCUUCUACCAGCCAGGUCCAGAGUACCUGAAGAAGAGAGUGAUGCAGGAGGUCGCAGAGGGAAGUGAGAACACAGAUACCGUCAUGCAUGAGCCGCUGUUGUCUGAGGAGGAGCCCGUGCCCACACCGCCUGAAAGCCCUCUUACAAAUGAACUAGACCGCCUAAUGCCUGGCUCCUCACCAGGACGCACACCCUCCCCCAGUCCAGGCAUUGUCAUCAAGGAUGAUUCCAACCUUCUAAGUCCCGGCAGCUGGAAUGACGACAAAGCCAGUAGAGGCGGUGGCAGUAAAGGCAGCAGUAAACCCAACAGCAGGCCCAGCAGUCGUCCCACCACACCUUCAAGCGCCGUUCCUGCUUCCACCGCACCAGAGGGCGGUAGUGGGCGCAGUCUCUCUCGGACCCCAAGUCGCCAGAGCAGCAAAAACGAGCAGGGCUCUGAUCUGGAGAUCAAACCCCUGCAGAAGUUUGAUGCAGAGGUAAAAACUCCAGAGGCUGCAUCCCAAUCUGCAAGGAACAGCUUUAUCUUCUCGGAUGAAGAAGAAAAGCCUCGACCUAGCCCAAAAGUAACCCCCACCGUUGCCACCCCUGACUCCAAAGCCAAUGAUCUCAAGCCUGAAAGAGCUCCAUCAAUCAAUGAUCAAGAGCAAUCUUUGGAAAGAAAUAGGCCUCCCAGCAAAGCAGAGACAAAACUGCCAACCAAACGACAACCCAGCCCAGCUCCAUCCCCAUCGCCUGCACCCAAACCUGAACUUAAGACAGCACCCAAGCCUGUGGAAGCCAAAAGCAACAGUGCUAAACCUCCAAUGAAAGUGGAUCCCAAAGGAGAGGCCCGACUGAGGGCAACAGUGUUGAGUUCAAAUAACGAAGCCGCUGCAGAAUCUUUGGAGCAGGAGAGCCCCAACACCAUCAUGAUCUGCAUGGUCAUCCUGCUCAACAUCGGCUUGGCCAUUCUCUUUGUGCACAUUUUGUCAUGAGGUGCGUGGCACCGCCUCAGGUAUGGCAAGCACAGCAUGUUUGUUUACUGUUGCUGCCAACAUAAAUGUACCAGAGAAGGGCCAAAAAUGAGUUUUCUAGCUGCAGGUCACCAUCAGAGCUGGAUAGAGACGGCCUGCCUCCGCCACCAUUUGGAUCAGAGCUUCAACAGAAGACUGAGGGAGCUCAGAAGUCUUGUGCAGACAGCAGCAGCUCUUCUCGGGGUCUCUGUUGGUGUGACAGUGUGAGGCUCUCCAGGCUGCUGUCUUUGCAGACAAGUGAGAAGCUGAAGGACAUGGAAUAACUGACACGACUCAGUAUGAAGUUGCUGUACUAAAGUGGGGGAGGGCAGGACGGAUAAGUGCCUCGGUGCUUCCGCUGUAGAAGCACUGAACGCACAAAGUCUAUAUUCAACAUGGAAUGUCACGGCGUGUCAACUUUUUGCAAAAAAAGCUUAAUAAAUCCUUUAGUACCACUCAAGCUUGCUCUCACCCAAUCCGCUGUAACAUACUAGUAUAUUCUCUUCCUGUCAUUGAAAACAACAAAACAACAACCUUUUCUCAUUCCCAAAUUGUCCAAUACAGCGACUCGACCUGCCGCCCUGCAUUUAAAUUGAGAUGCUUGGACAACACACAAGCACAAAAAACAAAAAACAGUCUUAACGUUAAAAAAGAGAAUGAUUUUUUUACGGCAUCAGCAGUUGGUUAAUUCACGGUAAGGAUGGACCACAACUACAACAGGGCUUACGGGAAAAAUAUCUUGUAUUGUGCACUCUGGAGCUAUUAGCCUUUAGUUAAAGGUCUCCUUUUAUGUCAAAUUGGCGUCGUUAUAAAUGACACAUGAAAUGGACGAAUUAAUCAACAUCACUUUUAACUUUAUUGGAGGCUCUUGUUGAUGAAGACAGCACAGAGCGGAAAGUGAGGAGGGAAGAGGAGCCAACAACAACUUCUCAAUAUCUUUGAACAUUUGUGAUCCCUGUUUUGUUAACGCCUUUACCCCCAAAUUAUCUUCCAUGAUUUCUUCUUUCUUCGCCAGAAUGGAACUUUUUGUUAGUGCAGCAAAGCGACUAGUGAAGGUCCCUUACAGAAUGCCGUAGUACUGUGUAAACUAAGUAUUGCAAGAUUUGGUGUUGUGCGUGUGAUCGCAGAUGGCUGAAUAAACAUGUAGCAUGUCAUUAAUACAAAAAGAUUCAAUGUACCCAAAGUGGAAAUUACAACAGUUUGAUAAGUGCCAUAUCGUAUGAUAAGAGAGACCGAGGUUGUAAUCAUUACUGUUACAACAGUAAUAUGUGUCCCUCGUGCAUGAUUAUGACCAUCAAGAAGGAAACACCUCCUUCCACAUGGAACAGGCUUCACUAAAUAUCUUAAAAUAAAGCCUGCCCCUACACCUACAGACGUGUGAGCUGUAAAUUCGAUUGUUUUGUUUUUCUUCAGCAAACAGACUACCCUAGCAUGAUGUUGCUGUUGUAAUGUGACUGUAAAGUUAGCACUGUAGCUCACAUAGCUAUGCUAGUGUUGCUAAUGUUUGUGUCUGCCCCUCUCCUCAAUGUUAUGCUGUUUUGAUAUAUAGAAGCGAUUAGGUUGGACAAAUCCAGAGUUACAGUGUACGGUAGAUAUAAAAAGUGGAUAAAGUGCACAAGCCACACACUGUGUCGGGCAUAGACGUAGACAAACACAGCAUUAGAGCUACAGACACACAAAAUAGCGUACCCAGUAGAGCUUACGAAAAGCACUAUAAAUUGUCUAAAUUCCAGAAUGAACGCUAAAUUUUUCUUCUUCUGCUGUAUUUGAUGUUUGGGAAUGAGUUUGUGCUUAAUGUGAUGCAAAGACAAAUGCAACAUUUACUUGAAAUGAUUGUUUCAGCGAUUAGCAAUGUAAAAAAAAAGGGACUGAUUAGCUUGUAGUAAGAAAUGCGACAUUUGUAUAGCUGACUGACAGAAAUUCUAUCCUGGAAACAGAAUAGAAAGAAUUUUAAGUGGCAUUGAAGCUUGAGCGUCCUGGAAAACCUGCAUUUGGCUGUGUCCGAUGUGAUGUUUUCACUGCGCUCGAGUUGUCAUUCUGCCACGUCCAAGUUGAUCAACUAAUCAGGGAAGGCAAAUAGGAAGCUUAUCAGUGUUUGUGCUGAUUAUGUUCUGUAUGUGCCUGUGGUGUAAUGAUGUUUUGGGAGGUUUAAAUGAAGUUGUGUGCGUUUAGUGGGAGACCAGAAAGCAGGAAAUGGAUACAGGGAGCUGAGAACAAUCACUGCAUCGUGUUUGCCUGUGAGCGUUUCGUAUUCACUGUUUGUUACAUGAACAAAAAAUGUUCCGCCGCUCUAAAUCCAGCGCCUGAUGUGUUUUGAAGCCAAAUGAGUUCAUCUUUUGUAAGCAUGAGGACACUUUGUAUUUAUGUACCAGAUUUAAACAUACACCGCAUCAGCAUUUUGAAUAGAUUUGCACAAGACUAAAUUUAUUUAUUUCCCGAAGAACUCAGAUUACCUCAUUUUCGUGAGCUGGAGAAUAUUUUUCUCAACUCCAUGUCUUACAUUAAGAGCACUCGCCAGCUAUCAUUUACCCAUUUAUAUGUGGGGUGUCAAUGAUAUUUUGACUGUAUAUUUCAAAAUUACAAGGUUGUCUAUCAGGUUCAAACAAAAUUGUCCCUUGAUCUUUCAAUUGGAAUAUUUUAUUUUGUCGCCUAGCAAGGCAUUUUUAGGGCAGACUCCAGUACAUCACGGCAGAAGAAUUUAACGGUGAGUGACACCAUUCAAGUAUUCAUAUAUCGAAUGUAGUUCAUUUGUGUCAUCAAAUCUGACAACAAAAAACUAAAAUUCAAUAAAAGUUACACUACUGACUGUCUUUUUCUAUGCAUUGUCACAUAUUUACUUUGAACAACAACUUUCCAAAUCACCCAAAAGAAAGUCAAUCGAGUGACGACAGAAGUAUUUUUAAACACCACCUGUCUGCGCAAGGCAGCCUCCGGAAGGUCCCUUGGGCCACUGAAUACCAUACCACAGUGUUAACUGGAUCGCUUAAAACUUCUCUCUUUUGCACUUGUCGGGUGGUAAGUUAACAAUUGUUACACAUUUCUGUUCAUUUCCUUAACUGGAUAGGUCACGCGCCUGAAGAACUCAAGCGUUUGACUCAAUCAACCGUUUGUGGCUUUUUCAAAAGUCUGAUCGACACUGCCCCCAUGUGGCUGAAGUCAGUACAGCCACGAGGUCAACAUGGUUAAGCGGGUCUUGCCGGUGCUCGCCACUUAAGGGUGCUGUCCCUCUUCGGCUGCACACUACACUUUUUUCAACCAAAAAUUAAAAGCACUCCACCACCAGCUGGCAUGUUACCAAUAGUGGUUUAAAAUCAAAGAUUGAACAAAUAAAUGCCUAUGUUGUCACAAUUCGAAGUUCAACUUUGUAAUCUGUUGAAGGAAGACACCUUACUACCUCCUUGCAUAACCAGCGCUUUAUGUCAUGUUCCGCCUGACAGGUUGGACUUUAAUUUUGGUUUUCCUCAGUUUUCACGUGGUUUCCUGUUUUGUGCUCUUAUUUUGGUUUCCUGUUUGGCUUUGUGGUCGCUGGCGAGCGCAUGCAGCAUUCCGCGCAAAGGCCAAAACGUAACACAUUACACUCAUUGCAUGUUGCAUAUUUGCAAUCUGAGCUGUGUUUGUUGCUCCGUGG